CCAGUUGUCAUUCCGCGAGAAAAAACGACCCAAUGACAAUUUAUUCUGCUCUUCACGGAAAAAUAGGAAUUUUUCGUAUGUAGACGGGAUUGUUGUGUUGCUGACGUUCGUGUCGAAGAAGUAAACAUUCAACUGAAAAUUGCAUAAAACCAACGUGACAAAUGGCAUCGGAAUACGAAAGUGUGUUGCUCGUGAAGCCAGAAGUGUUUAUUUAUAAAAUUCCACCACGGGCCAGCAACAGAGGAUAUCGCGCCGCCGAUUGGAAUCUUGGCGAGCCAACAUGGACAGGGCGUAUGCGGCUGGUCGCAAAAGGGAACGCGGUCGCUUUAAAACUAGAAGAUAAGGUGUCAGGCGCUCUAUUUGCUAACUGUCCAGUCGAUACAUACCCAGGCGUGGCUAUCGAAUCGGUGUCCGACAGUUCACGGUAUUUUGUUAUCAGAGUUCAAGAUGACAAUGGACGUUCGGCUUUUCUCGGACUUGGUUUCGGUGAUCGAUCCGAUUCAUUUGACUUGAACGUAGCAUUACAAGAUCAUUUCAAAUGGGUUAAAAAUCAAGAGCAGAUUGAAAAGGAAAAGGUUGAGCCUAAGAAGGAAUUGGAUCUAGGUUUCAAAGAGGGCGAAACUAUUAAAAUUAAUAUGAAAAUAACGAAAAAAGACGGUAGUGAAGCCAAUUCUCGAGCGGCGAAAAGUCGAGUUGGUUCAGGAAUUUUGCCACCACCACCGGGCGGUUUAAACAAAAUUGCCCCACCACCAUCAGCUGGAGUUCGACAAAGUCCCACGGCGUCCCCGGCUCAUAAACCGCCCCAAGGAACGGGCACCGAAUGGGGUGACUUCACAUCAGCGGGUUCACAACCGCCUGCGGCCGAGCAAAAUACAACGAAAAAUGCAAAUUGGGUACAAUUUUAAGUUUAUUCAUUUCUUCUUUGUGAAACGAACGAGGUGAUGAAUAAAAAACAAAAUAACACUCGGUUAAACUUUAUCAGAUUCAGAAACACCUAAAAGUUAAAUAACUUGUUGACGUAUAUUUUUACAAAUUUAAAAUUGAUAAAUAGAUUAGAAAACGACGUAGACAGAGGACAACACCUGCUACAGUGGAGAGCCGAAUGUGUGAAAUUGUAAUUGUUAUCGACGGUUAUGAGAGGAGAAAUAAAUUCGCAGAAGGCAAAGUGUGAACUUUAUAUUAAGAUUAUGAAGUGUAGUAAGAAUCAUAUAAAUAUAUGCAUAUAUAUGUAUAUUUAAAGUAUAAUAGCAGCAAAUCUAAGAAGCAAAAUAUCGAUCGAAGGGCGAGAGGUGAAUACUAUAAAUAACAAACAUGUUGAGAUGAUGCAGUAGUUUACAGUGAAGUGUCAAUGCGUAUGAGCUUCAAGUGGAUUGUCUCACACGUAAAACGACAGGAUUAUAAUACAAAUCGUCUACUAAACUAUAAACAACGUAUUCCAUAGACACAUUUUGAAAAAUAAAACAGGAGCACGAAGGUGAAUGAGUUUGAUCAGUUUUCGCCUGGUUGAAUAGGAGGUCAACUGCACACGACUUCAUAUCAUAUCAUAAAUAUGUUCCCUUCGUCCAGCAACCAAUCUCAGAUCCUGGGAAAAACGGUUUCCGUUCCCAUCAGACGUUCAACCAUCGCUAGGCUCAAAAGUUUAUCAAAUUGUUUAUGCAUAACACAAUAUUUCGACACCAUAUAGAACCUAUUCGCUUAUGUAAUCAAUCAUUGUUGUACUUAUACCUCUUCCGCCAAGCGUUUAAUUAUUGGCAAAAUGAGUUUUUCCUUUGUUUUCACUGUUCACAUGCAUAUAUGUGGGAGGCAACUCAUGUUGCAGAUAGUUAACAGGUUAAGAUGAAUGAAUUAAUUAUAUAAUGAAUUGCACUAUGUUCUGCUAUUUUUUGUUGUAAUAAACUCGUUUGAUUUCGACUCCCGAGAGUCGCUUGUAGUUCAUUCUCUGUAUAGUUUAUUUAAUCAGCCUCGACGAAUCAGAAAAUAAUUGAAAUUACAACAGUGAACAGCCACUGAUUGUAGAAACAAAACUUGUGUUAACGAUUUAGACUCGUAGACCGAUUGUAGUCGGAAAUUAGUUAAUCUUAAGUCUUCGUUGAGAACAUCGUGGUAUAUUUGAGUUGUUGUUGUAAACCAAUGAUGUGUGUACGCAUUAUAUCAAUAACUAGGAUAAAGUCCACCCGUCCGCUCCAAUACCCUUCAAAAUUCAUGCCACAACCUUUUGCAAUAGUUUUCAAGGUCUAAAACUACUUUUUUCUGCCUUAGGAAGAAUUGAACCCUUUUUUGGUUAUCCAACAACAACACCUACUCAAUCUGCACGUUUUUUCCCACCUAACUAUAGGGAUUUUGUUAUACUGUCCUCUUUUUUUCAUUCCUUAAAGCAUCCUGUCUGCUACAACUAAGGAUAUUUUGUUAAUUUUUUAUUGACAUUAUGCUUUUACGGAGAAGAAAUAGAAAUAACUUCUCCUCAGUUCGCUAUCACUGAAAUAUCUUACAAAGUAAAGAGAUAGAUAAAAAAAGUGUGAUAUUUUAUGACUACAAAGUAAUGAAAUGUGUUGCUUUUACGGUAAAGCAGAUCAAGUAUCACACGACAUUCCAUUGUUGGAAGGAUAUUUUACUAAUUUAGUGCAUCUUUAUUCGUUUUGAAUACAAAUAUUUUUUUGAAUCCGUUUCAUGUGUUGAGGUAUAAAUAGAUUGAAGAUUAUUUUUUGAUAUAUUAUAAUUAAAUAAAUUGCAAGAAUUAAAAACAAA